AUGUCAGACCCGGCUAGCGGCUUUCCCGGCGUUUAUGAUCAAAUGGGCAAUCGGGCGGAGCAGCCGAAUGUGCUCUGUGCUGUGCUGGUGCGCUCCGGGUCCGGCGGCGAGGCGUGGCACGAGACGCGUGUCCUGGACGAGGAGCCAUUCCUUGGCGGUGAGGAUGGCGGCGACGGGGGCGAGCUUGGCGUCGGCGAUGCCAGUGCCCUUGGAGCUUCGGAGGCCACUCUGGGAGACGCGAGCACCGGAACGCCAAAAAACUACUAUGCAGGAGCUGCCGGUCACAAAAAAGCCAUUUAA